AUGGUUAAUCAAGUGGAUAACAAAGAGGAUAACAAAGUGGAUAAAAAAUUAAGUGAUAUGAAUAUUAAUUUAAAAGUUAGUGGUUUUAAUAGCAAAGCAUUAUGUAUUGAAUUAUUUGAAGAAAAAUUGAUAAUAACACAAUUAAGUGCUGAUGAAUUAAAGGAUCUUUAUUAUGAUGGUGAUAUUCAGAUUCGUAAACUAAGAGAUCUCAAUUUUAAUCAAAAUUGA